UUAUUUAAUUAAAGCUUAUACUAUAUUGUAUUUUAUAUGAAUUAAAAAUUACAUAGUGUUAAUGAGGAGAACCUCAUAUGGUCACAACCUGUAUGAAGGAAAUGGACACAUAAAAGGGGGAAGCCCGAAAUGAACAAACGGAACGCAUUAUUUAUCAACAAAUAGAAUUUUAAUAAAUGUCUAAUUUUAUUAUUAUACAUAGAAGAAAUAAAAUAAUAUAAAGGCUAUUCCAAAUUGUUUCUACUUUUGGGAAAACAAAGUAAGGUUAUGUUAUCAUACAAUCUUACAACAAUAAAAGAAUGCUUAAAAAGACGCGCAAAGAGUGAAGUAUAUAAAUCGUCUAAUCACUAUGAUGAGACCUGGAAGGAUGUUCGAUAGUCGUGAAUUUGGUAAACGAAUUCGACGAUUGAUUGACGGAAAUUAUUCCUAUCGUAAGAUACUUAUAUUACUGAUCAUUUGUGGUGGCAUAUUACUUUAUUUUGGUCCACCUUUUGCACAGUGGAUUUUCUCUUCCACUGGAGAAUCAAUACAAGCAUUCGAAGAUCAGUGCAUGGAUGAAAGGCUAGCUGCAUUUCAUUCAGAUUCUGAAGAGUAUAAUGUGAACAUUCUUCAUAAUCCUCCAAAAGAAAAGGAACACCAAUAUUUACCAUAUAUUGGUAAUGGGGUGUUUGGAAUUCCUAUUGUACCCGAGGCUUCUAUGUACAUAAAAAGAGGAAGAGCAUUAUCAUUGCCUGUACCAUGGCAACCAUUAAUUUCCCCACCUUUAUUCAAAAGUAUUGCCUAUCAGGAAGCUACAGUCACUCAUUUUACACAUGGGAUUGUUUAUCAUUAUCAGUGCCUGAGAGAAGGAUAUUACACUGAGUUUCAGUAUUAUACUCAUAGAAUAUUUGAUGCAAUAUUGGUACAAGAUGUGAAGAUAACCAAUCCACUAUCAUUCUCUCAAAAUGUACCAUUGAAACCUCAAAUGUCUAUGCAUUGGAGUAAUUCCCACAUAGAAUCUACUAAAAUUCAAGUGGGUGACUUCAUGUAUGAGUAUAAUUUAAUUUCUGGUUUUGUUCCACUGUCUAAUUCAAACAAGAUUGUGGCAAUAUCAAUACUCUAUAAAAUUCCACCUAAAAUGCUGCAAAUUAAAGCAAGAAGUUCUAUGAAAUUAAAAUUUCUGACAUGUAUACAAUAUAGUGAUCCCAUAGUUAUGGAUGAAUACCAUACCCAUUAUGAAAUAACAAAGAAAAAGGCAAUAGAGGCAAUGAAGAAAGCACUCGGCGUUCAACAACAAAACUUAAGAGAUGAUCAUAUUAAGCUUUGGGAAAGUUAUUGGUAUACAGGUCUUAGAAUAAGUGAUUCUAAAGCUAAUGGUGCUAUCAAUGGUCAUAAAAUAAAUUCCACCAUAUAUUAUGUAUUGUCUCAAAUCUCAAAUGGUAUACCAGGUGUAGAAAAGAAUGUAAUCAUGAAUGAAGGUUGUUAUCGCGGACAUCACACUUUAGAUGCACCACGAUUAUGGAAAGAUACGUCGACUAUUGAUAACGUGAAUAACGUUGUAGAAGCGUGGUUAAUAACAUUGGAAAAACAAGGAUGCCAUCAUUUAAUGACCGGUGAUCCUGCAGCAGUGCAACAAGCUAUUGUUUUGAGUCUUGGUAGUUUACGUUUCAGCAAUCAGCAUCUUGAAUUUAACAUUGAUCCACAGUAUCUUCAUCGAGAUUAUUUAUUUAGGAGAAUAAGUUACGGCAACGUAACUCAUUUAAAUAUAUCGGUUACUGUUGGAGAAGAUAAUCGUGCAGUUUUGAGAGUAGCUUUAGACAAAAGCGAUAGUGUCUAUUUUGGCUGUGAUGCAGGGUGUUUAGAUGCACCUAUCUCCUUAAGUGAAUCUUACACAACCUUCCCAGUAAAAUUAACAAAACCAUUGACAGCUAUAUUGUAUAUAACAUCUGACUACCAACAUAUGCAAGAUCUGAGAAAUGCUUUACAUGUACAUGCCAUAGAUGAUGCUCCAGCACAUGAUCAUCUGGUAAUGGCUUUACAUAAGCAUGGACAUCAAUUAGGAGGGUUACCGACACUUUUCUGGGUUAGCAUAUGCUUUCUUAUCAUUGUAUUUCAUUUGUUUCUUUGUAAACUUAUUAUCAAUGAAUACUAUGGCCAUCAAGAUAAACAGAAAAUGAGAUACAGUAAACUAUGA